AUGGCGCAGAGUCUCGAUACCAGGCCAACGGUGGUGGACUUUCGCGACGAUAGCCCGUGGGUGCAGCUGGCCAAGGCCCACUGGUCGAACGUGAAGGUCCGCAAGGCCAAACCAGAUGUCAUCAAGAAGCAAUUGUACGAUCCUCUGGAGACAGAGGCUUUCAGCAGUCGCACGCUAUUGAUCCUGGAAAACCUGAAUGUCCUUGAGAAAUACUUGUGGCCAACCUACACCGAGGAUGCUUCGAACCACCAUGUUCUAUUGAUCGCCUUGAUUGUCAGCGUCAAGCAUCGCGAGCACUUACCGAUAUGGGAUAUCUUUUCCGACCGUGCGGACGAUUUCUCGAAUCUUUUCCACCGAAUCCUGUCAAUGAGCAUUGAUCAUUCUCUUCCGAUACGCUCUAGACUCGCCAUAAUUUCCUUUGUUAUCAGCGCUUUCCAAUCCCUCGAAAAUGUUCUGAUCCGGAAAGAAUGUGCUCCUCUGGUUUCUAUCUCGAUAUGGCACAAUCUGGCUAGCGAUGAGACAAGGGAUCGCAUUAUCGCCAAGUUACCUACACUGAAGAAGGCAUGGAGGGCCUCUGGGAAGCGAUAUGAGGCUGGAGACGACGCUACUAAGGCAAAGAUGCGCUUUGAGCGCUCAUGGCUAUACACCAUGCUUCUAGAUUUCCUACAAAGGCUGAAUGAACCUGAGAAGGAGCACACGGAGAACCUCUUCUACUGCGAACGUUUUCUUGAGCUGUUGGUCGACCUUGAAAGUCAGCUCCCCACUCGGCGAUAUGUGAACACACUUCUGAAGGAUCUCAACCUUUUGCCGAUCAUUCGCCUUUCACAAUUAUACCGUUCGCCUGACAACGCUCUGCUUCGCGACUUCCAUAGCCUUUUGAAGCACUUCGUCGAAUUUGCGAUUGAUGAUUAUUCAGGCGAGGCUCUCUCCCCGCAGGGAGUGUACGACUUGCAUUGCCAGGAAUUGGCCCAAUUGCAACGAACCUCUAUGAAGUUCUUCAAAGAAAAACUCACCAUUCUAGCACUUUCCAACCUCGGUUCAAUCGAGCGGCGCUCUGACCUGGAAGGGCAGCUCUCAUCUUUGGAAGAGGCAGAACUCCAGACCCUGUGCUCUCACCUUGGAUUCCGCACGAGCUAUCCCAAAUCCGCGAGCAUUAACCCAGACCGACAUUUCUACUUGGAAGUUCUAGGCUCUUACUAUGACCGCAAGGUACCGUUCCAGGAGGCAGUCGAGAAGAUGAGCCCACUUCCUACAGAGGAAAACUUAUACGACCCGGCACUGUUAAGGAAUGAAACAUAUGAUGGAUCAAGGCCUUUGGCUAUUCCAAAAUUGAACCUUCAGUACCUGAGUCUGGGGGAUUUCCUGUGGCGCUCGUUCUUGCUGUACCGCUCGGAGGCAUUCUUCCAAAUCCGCAAGGACAUGGAGUCCGUCGUUAAACGCAUGCAGCCAAAAGCAUCUCGCGAUGGAAGCUUGAACUUCGAGGGAUUCUCUCGAAUGGCUAUUCCAAUCUCGAAGCCUGCUAUAAUUGACGUUGCACCUCCAAAGGUUGGCGCAACAAAUCCGGCGUUUGUUCGCGCGGAGAUUGCCAUUGAGGUGGGAAGGCUUGCAGACAAUGUGAGAAAAGAAUGGGACUCACUUCGUCCCGAUGACGUUGUGUACCUGUUAGCCGUUCAGUCCAGCCCUGAUCAACUCGGAGAGAAUGGAUCCGAGAGCCCUCGGAUGACCCAUCUUCGAACGGCUGAAAUUGUACAAGUUCUUGAUGAACAAGGUCGCGCACUGCGUCAGCAACUCGGUCAGACCAAUGGUCACCAAUCUCGACCUCGGAUCAGGAGACUUAUUGUUCACUUGGAUGCUGCUGCGUUUAAGGCCGACAAGGACCAACAAGCCCGAGGCAAACCUGAUGUUUACCCCCUAAUCAAUGUGGUUGCACGGAGAAAGGGCAGAGAGAACAACUUCAAGUCAAUUCUUCAGACGAUGCAAAAGCUUAUUGUCUCUGAUAUGACACUUCCCUCCUGGCUCCAAGACAUCUUCUUGGGCUAUGGCGACCCGGCUGGCGCUAAAUACACACACCUUCCCAACAGACUCCGGACCGUUGAUUUCCGGGAUACCCUCCUAGACUGGACUCAUCUAGUUGAAAGCUUCCCGGGUAUUGAACCCUCGGCAGCCGAGAACUCAAGCUUCGGCCCACCGUACGUUCUUGAAUAUGUUGAUCAGGAGCCAACGGCAGAACCUCCCGCAUCCAAAAAGCGACGCCGCGAGCAAGCCCAGGAGGCAGACUCGGCUCCCAGUGCUAUGCGCGUUUCCACAUACAAGCCACCCAACCCCGGCCCUUACCCUGUUGACGCACCUAAGCUGAACCAAGUGCGAUUCACCCCUGCUCAAGUGGAGGCAAUUGCAUCUGGAACUCAGCCGGGACUCACCGUGAUUGUGGGACCUCCCGGUACUGGAAAGACUGAUGUUACCACACAAAUCAUCAACAACAUUUACCACAAUUUCCCUAAUGAGCGAACUUUACUCAUCGCGCACAGCAACCAGGCACUCAACCAACUUUUCCAGAAGAUCGUCGCUCUUGACAUUGAUCAACGCCAUUUGUUACGUCUGGGCCACGGUGAGGAAGAAUUAGACACCGAGUCCAACUAUAGCAAGCAUGGACGUGUUGAAUCUUUCCUUGACAACCGCAAUUAUUAUCUUUCGGAAGUAAUGCGCUUGGCUGCAUCACUUGGGGUUGAGGGUGCGCAUGGAAACUCAUGUGAGACUGCAGGAUACUUUAACACAGUCUACAUUCAACCGACGUGGGCCAAGUUCUGGGACCGAGCCAACUCUGAAGAGGUAUCGACCGCUGACAUUAUUGCCUCGUUCCCAUUCCAAUCAUACUUUGCAAAUGCUCCCCAGCCCCUCUUUGAAGCUGGAGCUGCUAAGGAAGCCAUUGUCGACACCGCUUCAGGUUGCCAACGUCACAUUGCUCGGAUCUUCUCUGAGCUAGAGGACAUUCGACCAUUCGAGAUCUUGAGACAACCUCGCGACAAGGCAAACUAUCUUCUGAUUAAAGAGGCUCGCGUUGUUGCAAUGACUUCAACACAUGCAGCCAUGCGCCGGCAAGAAAUCGCCGAUCUAGGCUUCCACUACGACAACGUGGUUAUGGAAGAAGCCGCGCAGAUCACUGAAGUUGAGAGUUUCAUCCCCAACGCUCUGCAAAACAUGAAGAAUGGCGAGCUUCCUCUCAGGCGCGUUGUCCUCUGUGGUGACCACUACCAGAACUCUCCAGUCAUCCAAAACAUGGCAUUCCGUCAAUAUGCCCAUUUCGAGCAGAGUCUCUUCUUGCGCCUGGCACGCUUGGGGGUGCCUGUCAUUAACCUCGACAAGCAAGGUCGUGCACGAUCGAGUAUUGCAGAGCUCUUCCGCUGGCGGUAUAAGGAACUUGGUGAUCUCCCAGUUGUCGAGGCUGGUGAGUAUCAGCAGGCCAAUGCUGGUUUCCAGUUUGACUACCAAUUCAUCAAUGUCCCCGACUAUCAAGGAACUGGAGAGCGUGAGCCAACUCCUCAUUUCAUUCAAAACCUUGGUGAAGCGGAGUACGCCGUGGCCAUGUAUCAAUACAUGCGCCUGCUUGGCUACCCUGCUUCUGAGAUCUCGAUUUUGGCAACGUAUGCUGGGCAGACCGCUCUGAUCCGUGAUGUUUUGAGUCACCGCUGCAGCAAGAACCCCAUGUUUGGAAUGCCCAAGAUUGUGACCACGGUCGAUCGGUACCAAGGAGAGCAGAAUGAUUAUGUCAUCCUCUCUCUCACCCGUACUCGCAGUGUCGGAUACCUGCGUGACGUGCGCCGUCUAACCGUCGCCCUAUCCCGUGCUCGCCUGGGCCUUUACAUUCUAGGCCGCCGAGAAGUGUUCGAGUCAUGCUACGAGCUCAAGCCAGCCUUUGAUCUUUUGUUGCAGCGUCCUGAUAAGCUCAUGCUGGCUCCUGGUGAGAUGUUCCCAACAACACGGGCUGCUGAUGCCACUGUUGAAGGUACACCCAUGGAAGGCGUUGAGCAUCUUGGGCAGUAUGUCUUCGAGAUGACCCAGGCUAAGGUGAAGGCUAUGGGCGAUGGUGAUAUCACUAUGGACACAGCGCCAGAAGGCGAGGAGGGCCUUCUGGAUGAAGAUGAGGCUAUUGGUGCUGAAGAUGACUAUGCCGAUGAGGAUUUUGUAUGA